AUGGGAACAUCAAAAGAAAUGCAAUUGCAUUCGACAAAUAUACCAGUAAAUGCAUUUGGUGAAUAUCAAAAUCGCAGUUUUAUCGGCGCGCAAAAGAUAGAUAAACCUCUUCACAAGUCUGGGACGCGUUAUCCAGAGUUGGCUAAGUAUCAACCCAGGCCUCAACAGAAGGAAAACAUAUUUCCCAAAGAAAGCCUACCCCAGCAUAAAAUUAAUAUUGUCAACACUAAAGCGCCAGAGCCUUCCACGUCCUCAGCAAGUUCGACGCAAAUUCAAGUUCAAAGUAAUUCUCGCUUUGAGUUACAAAAGGAACUUUAUAAACAAGGCCCAAGGAUAUUUUCCGGUCCUCUCGAAAUGGUUCUGAAAUGGCAUAAAAGUUUACAAGACAUAGGAGUUGUAAUCCUUUAUGAAAUCGUAGCCAAGUGUGUGAAUGUGAGAGCUGGCGAGUCGUGUGCCAAGAAUUUAGUUUUGAGAGAUGAAAAUGGUCCGGCGAUGCAGGUCGUCUAUUAUGAGAUAGACUUUCUUAUGCCUGAGAUUAAGCCGCCUUGUACUGUUCGAGUAAUUGGUCGAAUGUUAGCUGGCACAAAUCGUCUGCAAGCGUACAGCGUGCGACUGGCGACAAGUGAUGAUGUUGCGACCAUGUCGCGUCGCACCGCAAUCGCAGCGCACCACGUUUCUAAGCUUUGCGAGGAAUACGGAUUGAAAAAUUAAAAAUAUUCUUAAUGUUUCUUUUAAUAUUCUAAAUAAAACAAUUUGUUUUUUAUUCAUUUAAAUAAAUAUUAAUACGAA